GGCCUGGCCGCAGCAACAGCCCGAUGUAGUUAGCACAGGUAGAGAGGAGCAAGCGGGAUUCCGCAAGGAGGAGGCCUCGCACGGCCGACCCCACAGCCCCCCAACCCCGCGGCCGGCGCGCGGGGGCAGCAAGCGCCCGACGCUGGUCCCGUCCCGGCGUGCCUCGCGCUGCGGCCGCGGGGCGCGACUUCCGGUCUUGAGGCCGCCGGAAGUGUAGGGGGCGGCGGCGCUGGCGGCGGCGCUGGCGGCGGUAGGAGUCAUGGACGUAGAUGCUGAAAGAGAGAAGAUAGCAAAGGAGAUUGCAGAGCUUGAGAGGAUUUUGGAUCCCAGUUCCUCGAGCAUUGGUGUGGGUGUUUCCGAGUCUGGUCUUGCUUUGGAUUCUGAUGCAGAUUCACUGCCAGAGGAGGACUCGGAUGCUGCUGAUUCCCCUGUCUCGGAAGAGGAGAGGUGGGGUGAGGCCAGCAAUGGUGAGGAUGACCCCAAGGAGAAGAACCUCCCUGAAGACCCAGAGACCUGCCUGCAGUUGAACAUGGUCUACCAGGAGGUCAUCCAGGAGAGGCUGGCGGAGGUCAGCCUCCUGCUGGCCCAGAACCGGGAGCAGCAGGAAGAGAUCAUGAGUGACCUGGCAGGGUCCAAAGGCCCCAAAGUGAAGGACGGCAAGAUCCUGCCCCCGAACCUGUACAUAGGGCACUUCAUGAAGCCCUACUUCAAGGAUAGAGUGACUGGAGUGGGGCCUCCUGCCAACGAGGAGACACGAGAGAAGGCCGCCCAGGGCAUCAAGGCUUUUGAGGAGCUCCUGGUGACUAAGUGGAAAAACUGGGAGAAGGCUCUGCUCCGAAGGUCAGUGGUGAGCGACCGCCUGCAGCGCCUGCUUCAGCCGAAGCUGUUGAAGCUUGAGUACUUGCACCAGAAACAGAGUAGGGUGACAAGCGAGGCAGAGAGGCAGGUCCUGGAGAAGCAGAGCAGGGAGGCGGAGACAGAGGCCCAAGACAUCCGGAAGCUCCCAGAGGAGGCCUUGCUGGGGAACAGGCUUGACAACCACGAUUGGGAGAAGAUUUCCAACGUUAAUUUUGAGGGCAGCCGCAGCGCAGAGGAGAUCCGGAAAUUCUGGCAGAACUUUGAGCACCCAAGCAUCAACAAGCAGGAGUGGAGUGGGCAGGAGGUAGACCAGCUAAAGGCUAUCGCCGCCAAGCAUGGCCACCUGCAGUGGCAGACGAUUGCCAAGGAGCUAGGGACCAACCGCAGUGCCUUCCAGUGCCUGCAAAAGUACCAGCAGCACAACAAGGCUCUGAAGCGCAAGGAAUGGACUCGGGAGGAGGACCGCCUGCUCACCCAGCUCGUCCAGGAGAUGCGUGUCGGCAGCCACAUCCCCUACCGGAGAAUUGUCUACUACAUGGAAGGGAGAGAUUCCAUGCAACUCAUCUAUCGGUGGACCAAGAGCUUGGACCCCAGCCUGAAGAAGGGGUUCUGGGCCCCAGAGGAAGAUGCGAAGUUGCUUCAAGCAGUUGCCAAAUAUGGGGAGCAGGAUUGGUUUAAAAUCCGGGAAGAGGUGCCAGGUAGGAGCGAUGCCCAGUGCCGAGAUCGGUAUCUCAGACGGCUACACUUCAGCUUGAAAAAGGGGAGAUGGAAUGCAAGUGAGGAGGAGAAGCUGGUUGAGCUGAUCGAGAAGUACGGUGUUGGUCACUGGGCAAAAAUAGCUUCUGAACUACCUCAUCGGACGGGCUCCCAGUGUCUGAGCAAGUGGAAGAUCAUGGUCAGGAAGAAGCAGAAUCGGGGGAGGAGGAGGCGGCGUCCCCUUCGCCGUGUGCGGUGGAGCUCCAGCAGCGGGGACACCAGCAGUGAGGACAUCAGUGGCGAGGGCGGCAGCGGGAACAGCGAGGACUCAGAGCCAGAGGAAGCCCCAGAGACUGAGGCAGGUGGCCAGGCACCACCAUCCACACAGCACACUGUGCCGGACAUGGACCUGUGGGUGCCUGCCAGGCAGAGUGCCAGUGAGCCGUGUGGAGCGGGGGGCCGGGGCUGGCCAGGACACCAUGCUUCACCUUCCAGCCCUCCCCAAGGCUCCAGCAAGGCUCAGGAUGGCAGCGGGGCCAUUCACCCCACAGCCUCGGCUCCCACAGAGGAGGUGGGCAGGGUACACACCCCCUCCAGGACCCACAGCACCAGUGCAGGAGGCAUCGGGCACCCAGACUUGGUGGACACUCAUCCCUUGAGCUCAGAGGAGCCAGCCAACAAGGAGAAACUGAGGCAGUCAUGCCUGCUCAGCUCAUCCCUGGGGGCCAGCCCCGGUGAUAGCAGUGUGGCCAGGCCCCGUGUACGGCAGCUGUGGCACAGGACAACCAGGAACAGGCGGCGGUGGCGGGGACAGGCCCUGCAGAGGAGGCUCCUUGAGUACCAGCUCCUGAUGGCCAUGAGCUCGUGGGUGGGUGAUGUCCUGCCCUGCACUUCCCAGAGGCCUGUCACAGUGCACACUCAAGCCGAUGGCCUCAGGAAGCAGCUGCAGGAUGCCCAGCUGACCAGCACCCCCGUGUUCACUCUCUUUAUCCAGCUGUUCCAGAUCGACACCACUGGCUGCAUGGAGGUUGUUCGAGAGAGGAAGGCCCAGUCAUCUGCCCUGCUCCAGACUAGUGCUCAGGACCCAGGGCCUGGGCUCCUACAGAUGUCUUCAAGUACACAGAACGCCACAGGCCGCAGCUUCUGCAGCCUGCCAUCACGAGAUCCUGCAAAGCAGAGCACCGGCCACAAGGGGAGCAGGAGCUGGCAGCCCUGCCGUGCCAAGUCCAGUGCACAGGCGCCCCUGCCAGCUCCGAGUGGCCCCCGGCCCAAGCCCAAGACCGUCUCCGAGCUGCUCCGGGAGAAGCGACUUCGGGAGGCCCGGGCCCAGAAGGCCACCGAGGGCACUGUGGCUCUCCCACCGCUGCUGCUGUCCUCACCACUGAUCCUCCAGCCCAGUCUACCACAGACCCCCCACCACCCCUCCACCUCGGGCCUGGCUGUCACAGACAUGGUGCUCUCUGGGCCUGGAGCCCCUGCAGUGACUGGGCUGAGGACGUCAGCCAAGGACGAGCGGCCCUCCACCCUGCCAGUCGUGGCCCGCACCCUGGCCUCCACAGAGGCUGUUCCUGCUGCCUCCAGAGCUCCGGUGCUGGGCCCCAGCCAGGUCUCUGUGAAUGGCCAUCAAGAUGGUCUGGGACAGUCCCAGGCCCCUGCCACGUCUCGGAAGCAGGGCCUGCCUGAGGCACCACUCUUUCUCCCUGCAGCCCCCAGCCCCACUCAGCUGCCUGUCCAGCCCCUCAGCCUGACGCCAGCUCUGGGCAUGCACAAGGAGGGGCCGCACGUGGUGGCUACCACUCCCCUGCCUGUCACCUGGGUGUUCACGGCUCAGGGGCUGCUCUCAGUGCCAGCUGUGGUGGGCCUUCGAGGCCCAGCAGGGGGGACCUCUGACCCCAAGGGACUGUCAGUGACUCUGUCACCCACCCUGCCUGGGAUGCAGGUAGGCCGGGGCCCCAGGCCCUCUGGGCUGAGCCACCCUUGGCAGCCCCGGCCAACGUGGACACAGACUCAGAUCCUCCCUCCAGGACAGACCUCUUGA